AUGCAAAAAGACUUGGAGAAUGCAGUGGCUCAGAAAACCAGACUCGAGCUUACUGAGGGUGAUGCAAAUGGCAUGAUAGAAUACUUCAACAAAAUAAGUGCCGACAAUCAGAAUUUUUUCCAUCUAUGUCGGUUUGGGAAGGAGGGCGCAUUACAAGAUGUUGUGUGGGUAGACGCGAGGAGUAGAGCUGCGUAUGAGGAGUUUGGAGAUGUUGUGUGUUUUGACAGUAAGUAUUUGACAAACAAAUUUCACCUUCCCUUUGCUGUGUCUGUCGGUGUGAACCAUCAUAGGCAGAGUAUUUUGUUUGGGUGUGCAUUGAUUUCUCGGGAGAUGGCGGAGACGUAUGAGUGGGUGUUGAGGACUUGGCUACAUUGCAUGGGGUUUAAAGCUCCUAUCUCAAUCCUAACGGAUCAAGAUCCGGCGAUUAGGAAAGCUGUAAACUUGACUAUGCCUGAGAGUUGCCAUAGGUGGUGCAUAUGGCACAUACUUCAGAAGUUUUCGAGGUAUGUUGGUAAGCAUGAGGACUAUGAAGCUGAGAAGGAUGAGUUUGAAAAUAUCAUUAUAAGGGCCGAGUCAGAAAGAAUUGCAGACUCCAACACAAUACGGUACGUCAGGCAUUUAUCUAUCGAUUUCCUAGCAGAGGAAGUGUUCCAGAAGUGUUACACGGACGCCAAAUUUAAAGAAGUUCAGCGGGAGUGCAAGAGGAUGUUGAACGUACGUCGCCUAGAUGACUAUGAAGUUGGUGAGAAUCAAGUUGAGUUGGUUAUUGAGGAUCGAGUGUGGAUCAAGCCAAAAUAUGCAAAGAAAGAAUCUGUGACUAAGAUUCGGAGAUGCUACAGGAUGUGCUAUGACAGUAAUACAUAUGAAGCAAGGUGUGACUGUAAACAGUUUGAGUGCCAUGGAAUAAUUUGUCGACAUAUGAUCUUUGUGAAUGACCAUUGUGGUGUUUCCAUUGUUCCUGAGAAGUAUAUUCUACGUCGUUAG